AUGGGCAUAGCAAGAUCCACAGGAGGAACACUCAUGUUCUUGCUCAUUCUAUUAUCAAACGCUAUUAAAAGUUCCGUUCUUGCUGAAGCGGCAACAACAGAAUUCACUUUCCGAGGUUUCAAAGGAAACCAAACGGACAUUCAAACAGAAGGAGCUGCGAUAAUCCAACACAGCGAUGAUCUACUUAGACUGACUAAUCGAAACCACAACGUCACUGGAACAGCGUUUUACCGCAAACCCAUAAGAUUGCAUGAACCAUCACACAACAGUUCCUCUGAGAUCAAAGUAUGUUCCUUUAGCACAUCUUUCGUCUUCGUUAUAAUCCCUUCCAUGCCCGGAAGCGGCGGUUUCGGCUUCACAUUUACACUUUCUCCGACCCCAAAUCGUCCCGGAGCCGAAUCUGCUCAGUAUUUGGGGCUUUUGAACAGAUCUAACGACGGAGAUCCGUCGAAUCGCGUUUUCGCUGUGGAAUUCGACACGGUACAAGGAUAUAAAGGCGGCGCCGACAGAAGAGGAAACCACAUCGGUCUUAAUUUCAACAGUCUCUCCUCCUUUGUACAAGAGCCACUCAUCUAUUACGAUACCGACGAUCGAAAAGAAGAUUUCCAGCUCGAGAGCGGCGAACCAAUCGGAGCUCAUGUCGACUACGACGGACCCAGCGAAACCUUAAACGUGACCAUCUAUCCGACGCGAUUAGAGUUCGAACCCAAGAAACCUCUGAUCUCGCAACAAAAUCUGAAGUUGUCGGAGAUCGUUGGAGAGAAAAUGUACGUCGGAUUCACUGCCGCGACUGGAAAAGGCCAGUCGAGUGCUCAUUAUGUGAUGGGUUGGAGUUUUGCUAGCUGUGGAGAAAAUCCAGUGGCGGAUUGGCUCGAUCCCUCGCGGCUUCCUCCUCCGCCGCCGAAUACAAGCUUGACUAGCAAGAAAGGUUACGCUUCUCAAGUCAUCGCUCUGAUUGUAUCUUUAUCGAUCGUCACACUGGUCUUGCUUGGGUUGCUCUUCAUAUUUGUCAUGUACAAAAGGCAAAUCGAGGAAGGAGAGGUUCUAGAGGAUUGGGAAAUCGAUUAUCCUCAUAGAUUCAGUUACAGAGAUCUCUACUUAGCAACUGAGAAGUUCAAAGAGAGUGAGAUCAUCGGUUCCGGAGGAUUUGGAAUCGUUUACAGAGGAAAUCUGCCAUCUUCAGGCCCAAUCGCAGUGAAGAAGAUAACUCCACAUAGCCUACAAGGUGUUCGAGAAUUUGUCGCAGAGAUCGAGAGUUUAGGACGAUUAAGCCACAAGAACCUCGUGAAUCUUCAAGGAUGGUGCAAACACAAAAACGACCUCCUGUUAAUUUACGAUUACGUCCCCAACGGAAGCCUCGACUCGCUGCUGUACAUAACGCCGAGAAGAAACGGCAUCGUUUUGUCGUGGGACGUGCGUUUCCAGAUCAUAAAGGGAAGCGCGUCGGGAUUGUUGUAUCUGCAUGAAGAAUGGGAACAAAUCGUGCUUCAUAGAGAUGUGAAAGCGAGCAAUGUUCUUGUGGAUGCAGAGAUGAACGCUAAAUUAGGCGAUUUCGGACUCGCGAGGCUUUACGAACGCGGAACGCUAUCGCAGACCACGAAAGUCGUUGGGACUCUUGGGUACAUGGCACCUGAGCUCACGCGUAACGGCAAAGGGUCGACCGCGUCUGACGUUUUCGCGUUUGGCGUUUUGCUGUUAGAAAUCGUGUGUGGGAGAAGACCGACGAACACGGAGAACUUCUUCUUAGCCGAUUGGGUUAUGGAGUUUCACACAAAUGGUGGAAUCCUUGGCGCCGUCGAUCAGAAUCUCGGAUCUGCUUUCAAUGGCAGAGAGGCGAAAUUAGGCCUCGUUGUGGGUUUGCUAUGUUGCUAUCAGAAACCAACGUCUCGGCCAACGAUGAGAAAAGUGAUUACAUAUUUGAACGGCGACGAGGAUGUUCCACAGAUUGAUGGAAAUUUGGGAUUCUCGGAUUCUUUGAGAGAUGAUCAUAUGUCAAAUGCUGUAGGUUCUGUUUCAUCGGAUAGAGCCUCGAGCUCGUCGAAUACUUUUUCGUUUUCCACCGAGAUUUCUUCGAGCUCUCUCGGUAAUGGUAGAUAGUUCAUAAUGAUUUAUCAGCAAGCUUUUGGUCAACUCAUUUACUUGCUUUUGUAAACAGGAAUUUUUUUAAUAUAUUGUGGUACAGAUUCAUUGUGUUA